AGCAAAGAAGAGGGAGAAGGGAAGAAGAGGAGGGAAGAGCAGGCAGCAGGAGGGCGCAGGAAGAGGCGGGAGGCGCCGGGGCGAUGGGGGAGAGCGCGGGCGAGGCCGGCCAGGGCGCCGCGGUGCACGCGGUGACGGUGGUGACGCUGCUGGAGAAGCUGUGCGCCAUGCUGGAGGCGGUGCGGGAGCGGCAGGGCGGGCUGUGCCGGCGGCAGGGCGGGCUGGCGGGCGCCGUGGCCCGCAUCGAGGGCGGCCUGGGCGCGCUGGGCCGCAGCCACGGCCGCACCGGCGGAGCCCUGGCCCGCCUCCUCCGCCGCGCCGCCAGGGUCAGCGCGCACGCCAGCCACGCCCGGCGCAGCGCCCUCCGCCGGGCCGACGGGGUACAGCGCCUCCACCGAAACCACGCCCUGCUCGUCGCGCGCGGAGGCCUGCACGUGCUGCUCUUCAAGGAGGAGUCGGAGAUCCCGGCCCGCGCCUUCCUGAAGGGUCCGGAGCCCGAGGGGCCGGCCGAGCCGGAGCCGGAGCCGGAGCCGGAGGAGGAGCCGGAGUCGGAGGCCGGGGAGAGCUCGGAGGACGAGGACGAGCCCAAGGAGAGCCGGGCCGAGCGGCUGCGGCGCUCGGGGCUGCAGAAGAUGCAGAGCCUGCGCCGGGCGCUGUCGCACCGCAAAGGCCCCGCGCCCCCGCCGCCCACUCCGGCCAAGCCGCCGCGCCUGGGCCCGGCCCGGGGCAAGGAGCCGCACGGGCCGGAGGAGCCCGGGCCGGAGGAGCCCGGGCCGGAGCAGGCCGGGCCGGAGGAGCCCGGGCCGGAGCAGGCCGGGCCGGAGCAGCCGGAGCGGGCCGGGCAAGCCGAGGAGGGCCAGGGGAAGCCCGCGCCCGAGGAGCCCGCGCUGCUGCAGCUGGAGAGCUUGGCCUAGGACCGGGCAUCCCCGGGCCUCGAGCCCCCGCCCCGCGAUGGCCCUCACCGGAGCCCCGCACACGCCACGCGAUAGCCUCCUCUGCCCGCUCACGCCACGCCACAGCACCAGCACUCCACCGCUGUCCGGGAGCCUCCGGACAGUACCUCCCUUUCCUCUCCUCCCGAGCCCCAGACCCCUCUUCUCCACUGCCCGGCAGAUCCGAACCCCCGGGGGAUCGGGAUCAAUAAACAGAACUCACUUGCCUAUGCAUUCA